CGAUAAAUUGGUAUUGUAGAGUCGCCGUGUACAUAUUCAUAUCGGAUAUCGAAUGCUGGAUAGAACGAAGCCAGAGCUGAGUGAGAAGAACUGCUAGUUCGGCACGCUGCUGCUCAAUAAUGGCACACAGGAAGCUGGCUUUAUUUAGAAAAACCCAGCUGUUGAGUUUAUACUAGCAAGCAGUCUGGUUGGUUUUCAAGAGCUUGGAGUAUGGAAGGAAGGAUGUUUGUCUUUUGUAAAUGUUAGGCUUGCUUAAUCCAGUAGCUCCAUAAAAGUGUCGAAUGUAAUUUCACUGGUAGUAAGCUAUAUCGAGUGUAAGUGAAAUAUCGAAGACUGGAUAAUUCGUUCGUUAAGCCUAUGCGUAGUUGUAUAAUGGGAUAGUACACUCUUAAAUUUUCUUUAUUGAUAUCAUGCCUAGGUACUAGUAGUGUAAUGACUGUGUUAGUAGUUUAUUAGUCAGUGUGUGCCAAGCUAAACGUCCAUAGAAUUACAACGGCGUUUUAUGUGUUUAUGUUUAUGAUCAAGUUAAAGCCAUUUUACUAUAUGAUUUAGUUCAUCGUAUUUUAAAUGGGUAAAUCUAACAUUAACAUGGAGUGUAUUGAAGAGCAUCAUGAUGCUACUACUCCAGUCAUCAUUGUAAAUAAUCUUAUCAAUCAGGCACCGAAGACAUGGAACUCUACCGAAGAUGUAGGGAAACAUUGUUAUAGAAAAAACUUUCUUAGUAGUAGUUGCUGUUGGUUAUUACUAUAUUUAUUUAUCAUACUAUUUGGAUAUGUAUCCCCGACUCCUUUACGAGCUUCAGAAAAACAUUAUAGACAACUUCAAGCACAUGGUUUGGAAUAUUUACGAAAAUUCGGCUAUUUGUCUGGUGCUAGUCAGGAGACCGGCAACUUGAUGUCAAUGGAAGAUAUGUCGGAUCAAAUUAAAAGAUUACAAAGAUUAGGACAGAUUCCACAGACAGGUGUGAUAGAUAGAAGAACACAAGAAUUGAUGCAGAGACCUCGAUGUGGUAACAGUGAUAACAAUAUAACAUUUGGUCAUCGUAAAAAAAGAUACACUCUAGCUCCAACUAAAUGGGAGAAGAAAAACCUUACUUUUAGGAUAGUGAACUAUUCGCCAGAUUUACCACUACAUAAUAUUAGAAAUGUUAUAUAUGGCGCAUUUCAAGUGUGGAGUGAUGUAACUAAAUUAACAUUUACUGAAAUAAUGAAUGGUGAAGCUGAUAUCAUGAUACAAUUCGCCAGUAGAUAUCAUCAAGAUGGUUACCCUUUUGAUGGAAAAGGGAUGAUCUUAGCUCAUGCGUUCUUCCCUGGUAGUGGUCGUGGUGGCGACACACAUUUUGAUGACGAUGAACGAUGGACAUUUAAUUCGUCAGAUGGUGUUGACCUUUUUAUGGUGGCCGCCCACGAGUUUGGUCAUGCUCUAGGCUUAGCCCAUAGUAGUGAGCCUGGUGCAUUGAUGUAUCCGUGGUAUCAGGGGUUUCAAACUAAAUUUUUACUACCAAGGGAUGAUAUAGAGGGUAUACAGAAUAUGUAUGGUCCUAAACAGGGAAUGGAAUUACCAGAUUUACCUCCAGUUAAACCCACACGACCCCCUAGAACUGAUAAUGAUGGUGAUGAUGGUUAUACUGUUAAUCCUACUGAUAGGGAUCCUAAUGGACAAGCACCAGACCCCUGUACUCAAUCUUUUGAUGCCCUUACUGUUGUUAGAAAUGAGGUUUUCUUAUUUAUUGGAAAUUGGUUUUGGCGACUUGAUUCCCGAAAUAUUGUAAGAGAUCCAAUAAAUAUUCAUCAGUUUUGGUAUGGUUUUCCUAAUGAGAUCAAACGUAUUGAUGCAGUCUUUGAAAGAAAACCAGAUGGAAAGAUUGUAUUCUUUGCUGGUGAUAAAUAUUGGGUGUUUAAUGCCAAUUAUCUCGUCUCCUCAUUCCCAACAGAAGGUCGCCCUAUUACCGAGUUCGGUAUCCCUCCAGAUGUCAAGAAAAUAGAUACAGUAUUUGUAUGGGGUUUUAAUAAUAGAACAUACCUAGUUAGUGGUGAUAUGUACUGGAAACUAGAUCAGAAUAAUACAUAUGUAGAAUAUGAUUACCCAAGAGAUAUGAGUAUAUGGAGGGGCGUACCCGUGCCAGUUGAUGCCGCUUUCAGACACAGUAAUGGUAAAACCUAUUUCUUCUACGGUCCAAACUAUUGGGAGUUUUAUGAUCUGAAAAUGAAAACCAGAGUCGGUUAUCCUAAACCCAUCGCAACGGAUUGGCUUAACUGUAAGAACGUCAAGUCAUCAUUAGUUAAUCAAGUCCAAGAUAUCUGGCAGAAGAAACCAGACAGCUCAGCCAGUCUCCAUUCUAUUAGUGCCAUAUUCAUUGCCUUUAGUUUAGUUUUAAGUCGAGUAUGGAACCAAGUUUAACCAGAUGCUACUUUAGCAUUCUGUAAUUUAUUUUUCCAAAUAAAUAAAUUCUAGUUACGGACAAAAAGUGUGAUAUACAAAAGACAUUACGACAGUUAUUGUUGUCAUGUCUUGAUAUUGUAAUUUAACGGCUGAUUUAAAGGCUGGUUUAAAGACGGGGUCUUUAGAUAGAAAAUUCUAUAUUUUUUAGAAAACUUAAGCUUCAAAGGGACCUUACCACAUAAGGUUGUAAAAAACAGUGCCUGAAAACGAAUGUAAAUGCAAGAAAGGGGAAAGUUUCUGUAUAAAACAAGUAUAUUAAAUGUCUUUAGUGACUGUCGGGUUGUGAGUUAAUAAGUAAUAAUAUGUAUAUCUGAAUUGAAAUAUAUAUAUAGUACGUUGGUCAAAGGGAAAUAUACCAUGUAAGAAAUUGCUGUGGCGAUUCGUUAAUAUUCCAGAUUUUAAGAAGAUAUUCUUUAAACAUUACACAUUAACCUAAACUUCAAUUUAACUUUAAAACAACAUUUUAAUUUUUAAACAAUUAUUAUUUUAAUUUUUGAUAUAAAAUCAAAUUUAUUUUAUUGAAACUGGUCAAUUGCAUUCCACCAAAGCUAGUACCAGAUUUUAGAAAAAAAAUUUUAUUAAGUGUAACACAAAACAAUUAUCAUCACUUAAUCAACAUUAAAUGUUAUCCCUAGUCAAUUAGGAACACCAUUAAUUAGGAUGGCUGCAUCAUGACGACCAACUUUCAAUUGUUGUAUAAAUGUGUUAAAUGUUUGUUAUUUAUUAUUUAUUUUUCUUAGUGUGUAUUACUCAUUAUUUUAGUUAAUAUAACUAAAAUAGUUUCAAGAGUCAAUUAUGUCUGGGAAUAAUAAGUUGCUGUCUUUUUUUAUUUCCUGGUCGCAAAUAUUUGAAUUAAAGGGACAGCAAUAUGAGAAGAAAUCAGAUUUUGAAUCUGGAUAAGUGCUAUAGCUUUGGGAGGAAUUGUGUCUGAAUAAAUUUAAACCUUUUAUUGAAGAUUGACAGAGAGUAACACUCAUUUGCUGUCAUUCAUAAUAUUUCAUUUUCAAUGGUUUUGUGCAAUACUUUAAGAUAUUUUUUCGAUUUCUAGUCAAAAAUGUGCCAAACAAAUUGAUUUAGAUUGAUGGCUUAAGUUGGGUAUUAUUUAGUAUUUUUUUGUUAAGGAUUAUAACCAUUACCAAUGAACCGUCCCAAUUUAAGGAAACCCAUUACACCUGGAAUCUUGUUUGUUCAGUUUUUGACAUAUGAAUGCACUUGUAAUAAUAUUUAAUAGCUGCCAUUGAUAGUAUAUCCUCACAGGUAUAUUAUACUCAUUUAAUUGCCUAUAGCAUGAGAUUUCUUUAAAAUGCAUGGUGUUACUUGACCAGAUGUAAUUUUAUCAAAACGCCAAAUUUUGAUUAGAUCAAUAUGUUUCUAUUAAUAUACAUGUAUCUGACAAAAUUUGUUUAGGUGUGUAAUCACUAAUAUGAUAGCCUACUAUCAAUAGUACUGCCUAAAUACUACUGGUUAUUAUUAUGUAAACAUAACUUUCCUAAAUAACCAACACUUUUGGUACACUAUCACUUUGUUAUCCCAUAUUGGCUUCUCGGUGAUGGGUAUGCACCAGCAAUUAAUUCUGGAAAAUUGGGGUGGCUUGGUAUCGUUUUAAUAUUUUCAAUAGCUAGGUCUACAGUUGAUAGUGGGUCGUGAGGAAUAAAUGCUUGUUUUGAUGAAAGUGUAUAUUCAUCCAGUUUAAUGUAGAAUGAAACUCUAUACUUGUUUCAAAGCAUGUUGAAGUAUUUCCGUAACAUAAACACAGUUUACAAUGAUAUAAUAAGCCUUUUGCAAAACUAUUUUCUCUUAAUAUGUAGACAUGUUGUGGCAUAUAGGCUUUGCAGAAGCAGGACACACUCUUGCUUAAUGUGUAUAGACCAUUUUAAAUAUUUAGUUUAGAUACGGGCUUCAGCACAAUAAAUUGCUCAAAUUGCCUAGACGUCCUGCCAACUACAUUAGGAAGAGCUUUAGUCAAUGGUUCCAUGUUAACUGCUCUUAAUGUAAACAUAUACACCUAUGUAUGUACAAUGUAUACCAAGUUGUUUAUUUUUCUAUGGAUUAGUUGUAUGUAUGUCAAUAUAUGUGUAUAUUAUGAUAGUAUGUUAUUAAAUAUAAUUAGAGGUGUGCAGUAGGUGCUCGUUAUUUAAUUACACAAUAAAAUGUACAUAAACAAAACAUUGGUAUGAAGAUGUGAUUUAUUAGAGUGCUUUAUUGAAAACAGAUUUUAGGAUAAACAGAAUUAUUUCCCCUUUACACUAAAGGGACUAUAAUUUAGCCUAAUAAUAUUUGCUAAGUUUGGAAUAAAAAGGGUAAUAAUAAAUACAUGAAAGUGUAUUAUAUGUAUUGUUAAGAGAUUACUAUGUUCAUUAUACAAUGCCCACCAUAGUGAGAUUGGAUAUAUUUUGCUAGACUUUGAAGAAGUCUAGCCAUUGGAGAUUAUCAGGUAUUGAAAUAGUUGCCAGAAUAUGCAGCAUUUGUCCAAAUAUUAUUUAAAUUGAUUCAUUCUAAAACAAAUUAUGGCCAUUUUGAAGUGUACAUUGAUUUCAUGCCAAUAUCUUUAUAUUUAUGGCCAUGGGGUAAAUAAAAUAAUUAUAAUUUGCAAUCUUUUCCAUGUAAGCCCAAUCUGAAAGUAGAUAUUUUAAACUUUAUGGGCUUCAUUGUAUUAAUAACAGCCUUUACAGUAAUUAAAAUAGUACAUUUUUUAACUUUUAACGAGAAAAGGGGAGGGAGAUCAGCAGCACUCUCUUAAAAGAGGUGGUAGAUCUGUGUAGCUGCUGGGUCAAACGAUGAUGCCAGCAGAGAGUGUAGAGUGACCCUUUUCAAAUGAUAAUGUUAAAUAAUCCUGUGCCGUCUUUAUACAUACAAAUAUUGUAUACUAUCACUGUAUAUAUAAAGGAGGCAUAGGAUAAUUUAAUGUUAUCAUUUGAAAAAGGGUCAUAUCACCUCUCAUUUCUGCUUAAAAUCUGUUGAGCGGGGUUUUUAUAUAUCCAUAUUUAACUUUUGUGAUAUUGUAAUGAGUCUGGCUUAUUGUCCCAUUAAAAAUAGCAAUCCCAUCUUCAGUGAUUGAACAUGGUCAAUGGCUUUGUAGAUUUCAACUCAAUAACUUGAUGUAUCAGUGUAUAGGAAUUUAUCCUCACCCAAUUCUUAGUUAUGUUAAUUUAGUAAAUUUUUAUUAUAUAAUGUAUCUUCUUUAUCUUAUGUAAUUAAAUUUAUGUAAUUUUUUUUACAUAUCCUGCUCCAAGAGUGAACCACUGCCCAAAUUAUUAACAAUAUCUUAGAUAUAGGUGACUCAAAGCUUUUUUAAAACAUUUACUCUUAAAUGACUCAAAAUAAAGUCUGUCUCAAGUCAUCUCUAUCAUAAUCUUUGUUUUAAUCGAAAUAUUUAAGUUCAUUCAUUCUUUUGACGCCGUUUACCAACCAAGUGAAAUCUAGUUUCUAAUCUUACUAAUCAUUAUUAUCUUUAUCUACUCAUAUCCAAGAUUUAAGCUUUUUUUAAAACAAAAUAAAUUUUAAAAUAUGUCAUAAUGGUUUUGUUUUAAGAAAGUAAGUCAAUAUAAAAAAAAAUAUAGCAAUUUUGUAACUCUUAUUUUAUUCUUAGCUAUCAUAAAUUUUAUAUUCUAUUAGCUUGAUUAUUAUGUUAUCAAUAUUGGUAUACCUAAAAUAAUGAUACCUUUAUACAAAUAUAUACAGUAAGUUUACCAUUUAAACUUGAAUAUUAUCAACAUAUCUUCUAUUAUUAACACAUUUUUAAUCAUAUCUUCAUCUAUAGAUUCAAUAGAACUCUUACUUUUUGAUAAUUUUAUUGGAAUAACUAUUCUUUGGGAGACAAAGAAAAAUAUGUGGAAAGAAUCUAUUGAAUCUUCCUUUAUAUAACCUGGUGCACUUGUGUAAAGAUCUUCAAACAUUAGCUGAUUUACUUGUAGCUGCUAAAAUCAAUAAUAAAACUGAUUCAGUAUAUUGGAUUGAAACUAUUUAUAAUAAAAACAAUUUUGACAGGUCGACCAAUGUUUUCAUAAAUCUGAGUUUAAUUGCCUCUUUUCUGACCCCUAUCUACUCAUUUUUGAUAGUCAAAAAGGUUGAAAGAUCUUCCCUACAAUACUCAUUUUAAAAAAUCAGCUUAUGUGCGAAGGUCUGCAUUUAUUUAUGUUCUAUGUAUUGCACCAACGUGCUAAUUGUUUGAAUGAGCGUAUGAUGUGUUUCUAAUUAUAGAAAGAAUGCUUUGCUUUGAACAGGUGAAACUUGAUUACAUGUGAUACAUUUCUUAGUUUAUUUAGAAAAAUUUAAUUAUCAUUUGGAAUUAAAAAGUGGAUAGACUGUUAAAUAAAAUAGAAAUUAAAUUGUUAAACUAUGGAUACUGGUAUGUUAUUCUGAAAUAUAAUUCUUAGUUCUAGUCAAAAUUUAAAUCACCUAUAAACAGAUCGAUAUGAGAAAUAGUAGCAAGAUUAAAAAAUGUAUAACAAGUUGAACCUAUUAUAAUAUUUCACAAUGCUACAUGUAAAAUAAAUAUUCAAAACACA